AUGCACUGCAAUUUCUUGGUAGUCUCUUCAAUCAUGUUAUUCGGAAAGGGGGAUAUCUUUCAGUAUGACCUGAUCAAACCACUUAAAGGAGAUACCACCCAUCAGUAUCUCCGCUUUGAGGGGCUCGUGGAAACGCCAUUUGAACUACCAAGAUCUCUGACACGUGAACGAUUAUCGAACGUAUCGCAAAAUCAUAUUAUUUACAAGAUUUGCGCCGAGAUAGAAGCAGAUCUCUCAUCCCUCGAGGAAAGCUUAAGAGAACAUACCUAUCGCAAGAGUGAUGAGGCAAUAGACCCUACAGAAAUGGACCCAUCGUACAUUGGAUGCUCCAAGCAGCUUGACAAAUUGACUGUUGGAAUAACUCAAAUCUUUAUGUCUGCAAUCAGGAAAAACAAGCUGCCGCCUUGUACAGCCAAAAUGCUUAUCAAAGAUAUCUCCUAUCGUCGCGCUAGAGCUUAUGGCCCUUACGGCAGCUACAGUCACCAAGACAGAGCCAAGAUUGCCAUUAUUUGGGAUGAUUUUAUUCCCUUUCAAGAGUUAUUCGAUGAAUUGGAUCCCUUGAUGACCAUGAAAAAGCAGGAUGAUAUCAUCCAUCUUGUAUAUAUCGCUGGAUUCCUUAAACUCAUAGUGCGACCAUAUUUGGAGGAAGGCUAUUUGAUCCUGCCGGCUCUCGGAAAUCUAUUCCACAACGAUAUUUACAAGUUUUUAGAAAAUUCCGGUAGACACACAAUAGUUCCACCGCAUAGAAUUUAUCACCGGGGGUGA